GCUGAGGUGGAUACAUCUUGUUUUUCGAGCAAGCAUCUUAUCCCUGGAGAAGCCUUCAAUCUAAGGGACUCUCUGUCUGCCGGCGGAAACGGCUUUGUAGAAUCUUGCAGAUACCGUUUCACGUGUCCAACAGACAUGAGGGUGAGCUGUUCAAAAAUUGACCUCUCCGGUUCUCAAGGAUGCAGAAACGCCGAUUUUGUCAUCAACGGGAAGAGUCUCUGCGGCAAAGAGGGUCUGCUGAGAUCAUCGAUGCACGUUGGGAGGACGCUGAAUGCCAUGCUGUACACGGUCGGUCCCACUCGGUCCGCUCCAAACGUCCGAUGCAACAUUGAGUGUGGUGGUGGAGGCGAACGGAGACAGGACUUCGACAGGCCACGUCCUGUCUCAGGCUCGAAUCGUCAAGCCGAUUGCAACAGGGAAAAGGUUGAAGGAGGAGGAGGGAGAGGGGAAGACAAUGGGUUAAUGGGGAAAGUGGAAGAAUGCGCGCGAAAAACUGAGAGCAACAGAUUCGUCUGUCUGACGGACAGCUUUCACAUUUAUCCUCCUUCAGUUGAAGAAGACCAAUAUCGCAAGCCUAUUGAAUACAAGUCUGAGCGACUCAGGAUCACUCUGGGCGAGCACGACACGUCGACGACAGCAGAGGCCAUGACCUUGGUGCAGGAAUUGCUCCCAACUAAUGUGUUGGUCCACCCCCAAUUCAACGAGAAGGCAUUGGACGACAACGACAUGGCCCUCGUGAAACUGAAUACCCCUGUGGACUGGCAAGCGUUCCCCAACAUCCGCCCGAUAUGCUUGCCCGGUUCUGCACCACCUGGAGUGGGACUGACAGGCACCAUCGUCGGAUGGGGCACUACGGCAGCUCGGUCUUUUGAUGCAACCAUUCCAACUACUUCGAAGAUCGUAAGGGAAGCGGAGGUGAAGACGUGGAGCCUUGAUGAAUGCAAAAAUGCUUUGGUGAAUGACACCUUGACAGAAAACAUGUUUUGUGCAAGCGGGACAGCUGCUAUUGGUGUCUGUUGGGGCGAUGGAGGAGGACCGCUGAUGCUUCCCAGAGGAAAUGAUGUCUUCGAGCAGGCUGGUAUUAUCUCAUUUGGACCCAAAGGAUGUCAAGAAAUCCUACUCCCCGGCGUUUACACCCAAGUUUCGAAUUAUCUGAGCUUCAUCAAAGACAGUACGGCCGAUGCCGUAUGGUGUUGACGACCGGAAUGCCGACCCGUCAGUUUUCUCCUACCAAUUCCCUUCAGGAACUGCUAACCGCUUCGCACUAUUACUCUGCCAAACCAAACAAAAUGUCAGUUUUUCCAACCGAAGGCCAAACCAAGAAGAUCCUGACUCCUGUUGGCACCACCAGCAGAACCUUCCAC